GUUCCUUUACCUCCUAGACUUGCACCUGGAGCGCCAUAUCUACUUCAGCGACGAGACCGUUGUUGUCGAGAACACGGAGGGUGAGGACAUGUACAUCCUGUACAGUGGGGCAAUGGAAGUGAAGGUGAAGGGCAUCACAGUUGGAAAGCUAGAAGGUGGGAUGUUCUUCGGGGAGAUGGCCGUCCUUGGCUUGGUCAAAAAAAGAUCUGCCACGAUCAUUGCGAAGACCCUGUGCGAUGUGCGCCUUCUCUCAAGAAGGUCUUUGGAAGAGGCUCUUAGCGAGUUUCCAGAG